CAGGGUUUGGGGGUAAACAUUCCUGUUGCACCGUACUUGCACCGGUAUAUAGAAAUGGUGCGGACCCACAGCGUGACCAUUACUUAGUUCACCAAUCAGAAUGUGGGAGGAAGCGAAACCCGGAAAUAGAACUCUAAAGUAGUUAUUUUGUAGACAAGUUUUUCUCCCUGAAAAGGUUAGCAGACUUUUAAAAUAAUAUCCACAGUAAUCUUUAGAGUUGAUCGUAUGAAAGUGUGCAGUUCGGCCUGGUUGUGAUCUUCCCUUUCAACCUGGAAGCAUGGAUACAACCGGUCUGUUUACAUAAUGAAUCAGCUGACAGGAAGCUACACGUUACCCAUCCUGCGUUUCUAAAUUGAGUCACACGAGCAGGUAAAUAUCGACCAGCUGUGGUUUCAUGUCUUAAACGUAACUUUAACAAGAAAAAAAAACGCAAAAAAAAAAAAAAAAUAGUUAUAAUUUCCCCCACACCGAGCCCAGCAAAAAUGCUGCGAAGCUAACAGUGAACAAGUCAAAGUCCAGCAGUGUCGGUUGAGCAGCCUGUCACCGGAUCAGUGGCCCGUUUGAAAGGACCUUCUCUGAUGACAACAUGCCCUGCUCCUGUGAGAACUGGAGGAGGUGGAUUCGGCCACUGGUCGUCCUGUUGUACAUUUUGCUGCUAAUAGUCGUCCUGCCAUUAUGCAUCUGGGAAUUGCAGAAGUCAGGGGUUGGAACUCAUAAUAAAGCAUGGUUCAUUGCUGGAAUCUUUGUGUUCAUGACCAUACCUAUAUCAUUAUGGGGCAUUCUCCAGCAUUUGGUGCACUACACUCAACCAGAGCUCCAGAAACCUAUUAUCAGGAUAUUAUGGAUGGUGCCAAUCUACAGCUUGGACAGCUGGAUAGCACUGAAAUACCCCGGUAUAGCAAUUUAUGUGGACACUUGCAGAGAAUGCUACGAGGCGUAUGUCAUCUACAACUUCAUGACUUUCCUGCUCAAUUACCUGGAAAAUCAGUACCCUAGCUUGGUGAUGAUGCUGGAGGUCCAGGAGCAGCAGAAACACCUACCCCCUCUGUGCUGCUGCCCACCAUGGCCCAUGGGAGAGGUUUUACUCUUGAGAUGUAAACUGGGAGUGUUGCAGUACACAGUUGUAAGACCUGUCACAACAGUCAUUGCUUUAAUUUGUCAGCUGUGCGGAGUGUACGACGAAGGCAAUUUUAGUUCGGCCAAUGCUUGGACAUACCUGGUCAUCUUCAACAACAUGUCACAACUGUUUGCAAUGUACUGCUUGGUGCUGUUCUACCGUGCUCUGAGAGACGAGCUCAACCCCAUCAAACCGGUGGGAAAAUUCCUUUGUGUCAAAAUGGUGGUGUUUGUUUCUUUCUGGCAAGCUGUAUUAAUUGCUUUGCUGGUAAAAGUGGGGAUCAUUUCAGAGAAGCGUACUUGGGACUGGCAAAGUGUGGAGGCUGUAGCUACUGGCUUACAGGACUUCAUCAUAUGUGUGGAGAUGUUUCUCGCAGCCAUUGCUCAUCAUUUUAGCUUCACCUACAAACCUUACAUCCAGGAGGCAGAGGAGGUUUCUUGCUUUGACUCUUUUAUGGCAAUGUGGGAUAUCUCUGAUGUCAGAGCAGACAUUUCUGAACAAGUCCGCAAUGUCGGAAGAACAGUAAUGGGUCGUUCAAGGAAGUCCUACUUCAGUGAGGCUCAAAAUGAUGGUGAGAGGUCCGGCCUUCUCUCUUCGGCGUCGCAAGAUGCCAUCACUGAAGCUGCGUCCAACUUUGGGUCUCCAAGAGGCCAGUAUGAGGGUGUGGGCAGAACCCUCACACCACAUUCUUUGUCAGCACCUGCUGGGCUGGACUCAGCUGCGUGGGAUGAAGGUUUGACUUCCAAACCUGAAUCAACCCAAGAAUACGAAAGGACCAACAACCAAACUAAUGAACCAGAGGAGGCAGAUCUCAUUGUGAUCACUUAGCUUGGACUGGUGUCGCAAAUGGAUAUGGCUGGGCAGGUCCCAGUUAGAGCCUUGUGAAGUUGCCUCAGACAUUGCUGAUGUAAAUGAAACAAGGUGUACAAAAGGAUAUAUCAGCCCUAAAAACAUUAGCAGUUUUCCAAAAAGUGCUAAACUAAAAGGACUUUUGAUGUUGACCGCUUCGACUAUUCAGUGAAGUUAUGGCACUAAAUGACUUCAUAACAUUUAUUUAACCCCAUCUUAUGUUGUCCACGGGAAAUGUGGAGCUUAACAAGCUUUGCUAAAAUUGGUUGUAACUGGGAUACAAGUAUCGUAAUUUCCAGACUAUUGAGCACACCUGAAUAUAAGCCAC